AUGAAUCUUCGAGAAUCCACUCCCAUGAUGAUGAUGGUUCAUUCCGAAGCAUCCAAUGAUGUGGCUCUCACGACUCGGACAAAGCUGUGUCAACCCGGACACACGAUUGGCUCCAAUGAAUUGCAUCACUGUGAGGAGAAGGCCCAUGAUGAUGUUGUGAAUGGAAAAAUGGUUUCAAUCCUUCAACAACAAGAUGUGAAAGCUUCUUCUUUGCAUCCUUCUCCAUGUCAUCAUCACAUCAUUCAACCAAAAGAUAUUCUUGUAUUUUUAAUCAUGGUUCUUUUCAUAUCAUUGUCACAAUAUGGACUAGGUCAUUAUGUGAUGCGAAGGAAUGAAUUUACUUUGAUGGAAUAUACAGCUGCUUGUUUUGUGAGUGUGUCGGCUUUGAUUGGAGGAUUUCAAUUUUAUUUUAAAGCUCAACAAUUGGCACUUUCCACAUUUAGCAAAUCAGAAUAUUUCAAUGUCGAUUGUUUUGUUGAUCGAUACAUUCCUUUCAUACCUCAUUCGAUUUAUUUAUACUCAUUUGGAGAUUUAUUUAUUAUGGCAUGCAUUAUUCCAACCUCUCCCACAAUGAAUCAACUCAUUCAUAUAUUAUUUGGAUUACUGAUUGUCACAUUGUGUCAAUGCUUAAUUUUUGUGACAUUUCCUUCGAACGUGCCAGCUCAUUAUCGCAUGGAAUUAAAAAAAUACGAAGAAAAGUAUGGUAAACUGGAUCGAAUGACAAAGUAUCUUUUCGAAAUGAUGCAUCAAAUGGAUCAUGACACGAAUACAGUGCCAUCAGGUCAUUGCUCAAUAGCUACCUAUUUAUCGAUCACACAGUGGCAUAUCUUUGGAGUUUUCACUUUAUUGAACCCGUUACUUAUUGCAUGUAGUUGUGUCAUGACCAAACAACAUGCAUUCAUGGAUACAGUGUUAGGAAUAUUAUUUGGAUUUGUGAUCUAUGCUGUUGUAAAUGUCAAUACUAUUUUUUAA